AUGGCACUCUUUGGAUCUUCAAAACCAACAUCAUCAGCAUCAGAUUCUGCUGGUCCAAGUAUGAAAAAUCAACAAUUAAAACAAGAGAUUCAACAACAAAUAUCUCAAGAAUUAGCAACUGCAAAUGCAACUGAAUUAGUUCGUACCAUAACUGAAAAUUGUUUUGAUAAAUGUAUUUAUACUCCUCAAGAUGCUUUAUCUAAUCAAGAAAAUCAGUGUAUUAAUUUAUGUAAAGAAAAAUAUAUGAGAUCUUGGAAUGUUAUAUCAAAAGCUUAUAUCGCCAGAAUUCAACAAGCUUCCGCUCAACAAUAG